AUGGCGAACAAAGAUGAUCGUCUCCAAAAAGUAGUUGCUGAGUUGCAGAAAUUUGUCGACUCCGAAGAUCCUGAAUUUACGGAUGUCAUUGAUAAUAUCACAGUGCCAGCGGGCCGAAAUGUCAAAUUGGCAUGUUCCGUUAAGAAUUUAGGCUCAUACAAGGUGGCGUGGAUGCAUUUCGAACAAUCAGCCAUAUUGACCGUUCACAAUCAUGUGAUCACACGUAAUCCACGCAUUAGUGUCACACAUGAUAAGCAUGAUAAACAUCGUACAUGGUUCCUGCAUAUCAAUAACAUACAGGAGGAGGAUAAGGGCCGUUAUAUGUGUCAAAUAAAUACGGUGACAGCGAAGACACAAUACGGCUUUGUCAAAGUUGUUGUUCCGCCCAACAUCGACGACGCCCUCACCUCCAGCGACGUCAUUGUGCGCGAAGGUGACAAUGUGACGCUGCGUUGCAAGGCGAAAGGUAGCCCAGAGCCAUCAAUUAGAUGGAAACGAGAUGACGGCAAUAAAAUUGUGAUCAACAAAACGUACGAAGUUAUUGAAGUGGACGGUGAAGCCUUGGAGCUGGAGCGUAUUUCUCGUCUACAUAUGGGCGCUUAUUUGUGUAUUGCCACUAAUGGUGUGCCGCCCAGCGUUUCGAAGCGCAUUAAAGUGAGCGUUGAUUUUUCGCCAAUGGUUUGGAUACCCCAUCAACUAGUUGGAAUUCCCAUGUAUUUCAAUGUUACUUUAGAAUGUUUCAUCGAAGCCAAUCCCACUUCAUUGAAUUACUGGACACGUGAAAACGAUCAGAUGAUUACAGAGUCGGCAAAGUACAAAACCGAAACUUUUGCUGGUAAUCCCUCAUAUAAAGCAACCAUGCGUCUAACCAUAACACAUGUGCAGAAAAGCGAUUAUGGCAGUUACAAAUGUGUAGCGAAAAAUCCCAGAGGAGAAAUGGAUGGCACUAUAAAGUUAUACAUGUCCAGUCCGCCAACAACAUUGCCGCCGCCAACCACAACCACAACACGUCGCACCACAAUAGCACCAGCCUGGGAUAUUUUCAGUACGCCAAUUUAUGGCAUGAUGCCAACAAAUUCGGUGAUUGUCAUCGAUAAAUUGGGCACGAAGUACCAAUCAAAUCUGAAUGAAAUUGGAAAAUCGGAACAGAAGCUAACAGGCGAAAACCCAAAAGGAUAUGACUGGACAAAGGAUAAAAGUGUAGCUGCAAGAACGCAAUUGUGGCUGCAAUAUGCCAACAAUAAUAACAACAACAACACACCUCACAUACAACGAAUAUUUUGUAAUUAUGCAAUGCUAAUUGCGUUUGCCGGCAUGCUGGCAACGAUGUGGCUGCAGCCAACACUCAGCACUGCAACCUUAACAGCAACGGCAACGGCAACAAAAACCAAAACAAUAAUAACAAAAACAGCAGCUUCGCAAACAAAAGCCGCAAGAAUGGCCGCUGCUAUAGUAAUAAGUGCAAAAAAUUACAAAACAAUACAUACAGAGCUUACAAUUGAGAUGGCGCUCACGCAGGCAACAAUGCCAAUGCCUUUGCAGCGCAAUGAUGAGGACGAUACGCGUAGCAUAAGCAUAGCAUAUAAACAGGCGUAAGAGCGCUUACGUAUUUUCGGUUGCAUGUAGCGAAAAAUCAAAUUUUUGCACACCCUCACUAACAAACAAACAAACAAACAAGCCAAAUAAUCACCACAGACACACGCACGCGCGCACUAACAUAUUGAUCUACAUUUUACAUACUACAUACAUAUUUAUGUUUGCAUAUGUGUGAAAUUAAAACCAGUAAAGUGAAAUGUGUAACAAAUGCAUGGAAUUGGAUGCGGAGUGAGGUGUAUAUUUAUACACACAUGUGUAUGUA